AAACGUCAGACAAUAUCCAGCUUAUGCGGUGUCCGGCGAUUGGGGACGGCCAGCCGGGGCCAGGGAGGACGGGCCAGGGACAGUCGCAGGGACUACUAAAUUAGCACGGCCUGGGGCCUGGCUUUAUUAUGGAAAUGAACUACUCAUACGACAUGCACUUAUUGGAGCUGCUGUGGACGUCGCCGGGGGCUGGAACAGGGACUGGAGUUGACAUCGAGGUUGACUGGGCCAAGUUUAGCGAUUUCAGGGCCGGGGUUGAGCUGAUUUGGUCUACAUCGACCGAAUGGUAGUCAUUUUGGGCUCGCGGGCGCGACCAGCUGCGCUCGGGAGUGGGCGAGGGCUCGGAAUGAAUCCCCGAACGUCAUGAGGGAGACGUAACGAGGCAGCUCCUUUCAAUUCAGACAUACAACACAGUUUGCAUAACACACGAACCCUAGUGUUAGGGCCUCGCGCCCCACAACCUGUUUCAGUGCCUCCACCGUGGUAACGCGCACCGCACAAACGCGAGGCCAUCAAGACCAGCUUAGUGGCACCCUGUAACCUGCAAGGAAACGGUUCAUGCAAGACCCCCCACCGCCGCCGGAUGCGGUCGGCACAUACAACUACACUCAAUAUCCAGUCAUCCCGCUUUCUGGCGGUUCAUUCGCAGCUGGGUUCGGCCUGUACCAUGACCUGGGCACGAAGCUGCCUCUGCCGAAAGGCAUGCAGGAGCGCGGCACCAUUCGCCCAACGUACUACGUAUCAGAGCGGCUAGAGUAUACAGUUCGCUCGGACUGGGCCAACAAAUUCGGUGACCACGCGCGGCAGUACUGGUACUUUGAAAUAGAAGAGUGGGGAAUUGGCCGUGGCGAGAGUGUCAUCACGUACGCGACUGGGCUGUACAAGGAGGUAGUGCGGCGGCGGGUCACGGUGCGGUAUCGCCUGUGCGGUGGUGGGAUGUGCUGGUCGCCCAGUGCCGGUUGCUGGGUCAGUCCGGAGGAGUGGGGCGACAGCGGGCCUGGCAACCCUCUACUGCGGCUAGCUCGCUACCUGCCGGCUGCACAUGACGAGGCUGCACGGGAGCUGUGCUCCAGCGCCCCCCCGGACUGCCGGCGCAAGAAGCAGGAGGAGCCUGAGGAGCCUCUUGCUUGGCAGCUGCCGCGGUAGUUAGCAGUGGGCAGGUUCGCAGGGCCGAGGUGCUGGCUGUGUCGCUAGUUGGUGCAUUGUAAGCCGAAGUUAAG